GGAAGUGAUACAUAAAACAAACAUGGCGGCUGGGUGAAACAUCCACAGUUUAUCUUCGGUUUCCUUUCACGAAAUGGGCUCUAGAUUGAGGUAUGAUGCUAAUAUUUUAGCGUUUUGGGAGUAAGUCGAGAUAGCAAUACAUCUUUUGUUCAUCGUAGGCCAUCUCCAGAAAAGAUUUUUGAGUGUUUCUUAGAAGUCACUGCUCCUAUCCCAACCGAUGGAGGUAAGAUUGUCUUACUUUAUCGUUUGAUUGUGCAGAAAGUUGUCCGAUUCUCACAAAUAAACUAUUUAACGCUGGAAACCCUUGGUAUAAUAUUUCUUCUGAGACUUCAAGUUGUGAUUCGCAAUGGAAGUUAUUAUUCCUUAAAAGUACUGGUAGCAAGCAUAUGUUAAAAUAUUUAGCUCACGUGUAAUAGCUGAGUAAAUGUGCAACUACGUUGAAAUUCAGCAUACUUUGAGCCUCAAACAUUUCGCUUAGUUUGGAACCACGUAAUUAACUCUACGUUUAGAGCUAAUAUCGUCGUGUCAUGAUCAGUUUUAUUAAUUUUUAGCGUCCUUUUUUUAGUGUUUUUGUUCGUAAGCGUAUGAUGAAUGAAAUUAAGCUUAUUUAAUCUAAUUUCCUCUUAUGCAUAAUUUUCGAAUAAAACUAAUGUGCGUAAAUAACAGGUUAUUUCAAGUUAAAAUCUAGAUUGUUUAUGAUAUGAUGUUUCCCCUCUUAACAUUUAGUAUUAUAUGUUUACAUUGACCUGGACCAGUUGUUGAACUUCCAUUGUUUAAACCGACUAUAAAUUAUAAAAUAUUUCAUUUCCGUACACUGCUUGUAUGGCUUUGUUUGUAUUUAGUGUAAUUCAUUCUUGUGAUUUGUAGAAUUAAAUGCUUUAGUAGUAUCUUGCAGGUGUAUUGAGUGCACCUGUAUUUUCAAGAUUACGUGUUCAUACUAGCAUAAUUGUAUAAAAGUGCCGGCUAAUGCCAGUACAAUGUGCAUGCAGUUAAAUUACUGAACCACAGUAUUCCCUUUUUCUGUCUACAGCUACAGUAUUAUUAAUUUAUUUGGCAAAGGUUGCCUUUAUGCCAUGAUGAGGGCUGGAUCCUCUUCCCUGAGAGAGAAAAUAAUUAAUUACGUGAUUGAAAAAGAAUCAAAUGCAAUACAUGAAUGCAAGUCAGAGAAGAAUAUUAUUGAUAUAUAUAGCACAUUUUAUAAUUUCAUGUUGUGGUUCAAUGAAUUUUAUGCUUGGUUUACAUUUUAUUUCUGUUUGUUUUAAACCCAUUAUCAUACAUUACGAUACCCCAAAACAAUGGGAAAUAAAAUUAUUUUAGACCAAGGAUAAAAUUGAACCACAACGUACACAUUAUGUAAGCCUCCAGUGUACUAUUUAUACAGGAAACCAUCCUGAAAAUGAUUUCAACAGAAAAUUUUGAUAUGUUUAAUUAUACUUAAACUGUAUUUGAGUUUGUUGAAAUAAAAAAAAUGUAGCUUGAAAAUUGUGACAUCAAUGUGGGUAAGUUGUCACUUAAUAAACUCAGUUGAAUCACCAUUAACUAACCGUCCUCCCUUGGGGGCAGGGGGGGGGGGACCCACAAGACCAUGCAGUCAAUUAGUAGCUCAUCAUAAAAAGGACAAUUUUAGAACAGACACUUCACUGGCUGGUCUGGGGUGCUAUGUAUGUCACUAGUCUUAUUUUUAAAACCUCUUGUUUCAAGUAUUGAGCAGGAAGCCCUGUCAUUGUAGUAUUUUGCUGUUGCAUUUGUCUGUUGUUUUGUGUACAAUUUCAGCAGCAAGCCAUGUUGCUGUCAGUAUUUUGCUAUUAAUUGCACUUUUCUUUGUUGCCGUUGCUGUUUCAACCCAUCUUGUUUUGCUUGUCACCAUUUCUGCUGUCCUAUAUAGGAUUUACCCUAACACUGGGCCUCCUUAAUGGAGGUUCGACUGCAGUAUGAAACAGUAUACGUCAUUUGAUGUUUUAAGUCCAUAAAUUUAAAAUAAAAAAGGGUUUUUUGUAAAUUAGGACUUGCGCUCUAUCCUGGCUCAUGUUUCAUUGUUUGGUUAUAUGAUUUAGGAAGUAUCCCUUUUCUUCCAGGUCCAGAGAUCAAGUUCAUUCAUCCCACAGAUUUUGAUGAAAAAGUAGGUGCAGUAUACAUGUAUAAUGCAUAUGCAUGAGCGUAUAAGUUAAAUUAAUGUGUUUUAAGUUUAGUUCUGUGUACCAGAGUACCUUAUAGCACAGUUAGUGCACUGACUUAUUAACAUAGAGUAUUUAACCUUGUUGAGAGUCUAGAAUUUCAUGGCUUAGUGGCAUAGCUGUCUCAAUCUCAGACUUGUAGACUUGUUUUUCCUUUAUUUUUAUCAUGGCCUUUUCCCGAUUACACCCUUCGUUUGGGCAUUUUUCCAAGCUUUAUGGGGUUCUGUGAGACAGUGCGUAUUUCUAGUAUGGUUAAGCUCUGAUUGUAUGUGCUACAUUUUACUGUAACUGUCAUGUUGUUGCGACUUGUGGUAAGGUUAUUCUCCAAAUUGUGUUCUUUUAGGAAGCACUGAAGGCAAUUCCUCAGUUCUGUUAUCCAUGUGUUACAAACUCGUAAGUAAACCUAUCUUUUACUGCAUGUCUGUGACCAUAUAUGUAGUUGGUCUGUUUAUUUUCCAUGACUAGACCCAACUACAAAUACAAAUGCAGUAUCCAAUACCAAGUGGCUGAGUGAUACAUACACUGGUCUUUAAAGUCUGCUGUGAUCACUGCCGGGAUUAUUCUAUUUUUUUGCAUUCUGCAUGAGCUAUUAGGAAAAAAGAAUGGUCUAAAUUCUGAAAGAAGUUGGGAUUAUUUUUUCUUACAGGGAAGCCGUCCAGCAUUACACGUUUGUGCUCACUGACAUUGAAGGGAAAUACAGAUUUGGCUUUUGUCGUUAUUCCCCUGAUGUUAAGACCUGCCUUUGCAUUUUGAGGUAAUUAGCUAUCAUCAUAGGGGUCGCUGGAAAGGUGCCUGAGUCUUUCUAGCCCUUAUUUUAAAUUUAUUUAAAUUUAAAUUAAAUUGAGGCAAGUAAAUUGGUUAUAUAAAGCACGUCAGCCAAAACAAAAUCCCCAAGUUACUUGAUUGACUCAAAUUUUCUUAUUUCAGCUAUUUGCCAUGGUUUAAGAUUUUCUAUGAGCUUUUAAACAGGAUAUCUGACUUAAAGAGGACCAAAGAGGUGAGUAAUGUUGUGUUUAAGUGAUAAACUACCAUAUACUGUUUAGGAGUUUUUGAACCUGAUAAUACACAACUGGGAGUUUUUUGAAAGGCUCCAAUUUACUGAUAUAGAUCAACUCAUUCUUGCACUAAUGUUUAGAUUUGGGGUUAUUUUGGUCCAAAAUAUUGGACGUAAAGUUUAAUAGCUGAGUCUUUAUCAGAUAUAAAGACACUCAUUAAGCAUUAAUUUGUUGUUGUUUUUUUUUCUUUAUGGAUUAUGAGCAUUUGAAUUUCCAUUAAAAGAUUUUCAAUGUUACCACUAAGGCCAGGUUUGUGGGUCGUGUUAUAAAUCCAUAAGGAAAGUAUAAUUUCUUAGUAGCAGCCGACAUUUAUUUAAGACCUCUACAGUCAACCACAGCAGUGUUUGCACUGGCCUAUAGGGCAGUGGGUUGUGGGUUUAAUCCACGAGGCUGGACCAAUACUCAGUGUCAAGUUACUCUAAAAAUAUUUGAGGAAGUCAAGGGGAGGUUCUUCUUUGCCCUUCUAGUACUUAUGACAGGACCUUUUCUCUGUGAUACCUUGUCAAUACUUAAUUUUGCAUACUUAAUUUUGCAAUUUUGGCAAAACAGUAUUUUGCAAGGUCUUAUUUUCACUAUUUCAACCGACAAAUAUGCCAAAGAACAUUAAAUUUCAAGUUUUAAUGUCACUUUAUUUGUCAGUUUAUUUUUCAAAAGAGUCUAAACCUCUUAAAAUAUAAACUGGGACAAGCAAUGUUCUGAAAUCUUUGUAAGUUGAUGUUUAUUUUCACAGUGGAAAAGUUAUAGCUCCAAUUAUUGGAGCUUGCCUAAAAAAUCAGUUAGCAAUUUGACAAACAGGUGUAUUUGACAAUACAAUAUGUAUGUUGUGGUUCAAAUUUUUCCUUGGUUUAAAAUUUUUCAAACCAGUUUAAUUUUUACUCUCCUUUGUCUAAAAUCAAUUACCAUAAUCAGAGACAAAGAAAAACAAAAAUUAAACUGGUUUGAAAAAUUUUAAACCAAGGAAAAAUUUAAACCACAACAUGUACAUGUAUCCUGUAUGUGUCAGUGUUGCUAUUAUACAUGUUAAUUUUUUUUUUUUUUAAUAGUGAUUUGAAUCGAUAGAAUUUUUCUUUAUUAAUAUUUAUAUGGUUAUUAAAUUAUGCGAGGUUUUAUGUUAGUGGCUCUUAAAUUUUGCAAUUUUUUUACAAUCACGAAAAAAUUCAAAUUAAAGACCCAUGAAAUUAAGUACCAACAAGGUACACAUAACCUGAUUUUUUGUUGGUCUUCUUCUAGUAGUAUUCUUUGUGUAAAUUGCAUGAUUUCCACAGUUCCAUCGCUUUUAAUUAUUUUGAAAGCCAAAAGUUUUGUUUUACUUCUCUUGCUGUUUUAAAGCAACCUAUGUUUUUUUUUUGCAGGAUAAUGCAUUUCUUCCUUUGCUGAAUUAUCUUUUAACUCAAUCUCCUCCAAAACCUGGCAGUCCUUUAGCAGUUAAAGUCAAUGAAGAAAGUAAGGUAAGUCACAGUGAAAUGAAGUGUACAUGCACCAAAGUACAAAUUAUUAAGUAGUUAAUAUGUACGUGAAUGAAAUUUGUACAAUGUUUUUAAUGUUAUUUUGUAUAUAUUUUUAUUUGUUAUAUAUUUUUUACUGCCUAAACAUGGCAGGAUUAGCUUAGUUGGUAGAGUGCUUGACUGCAGAGCGUGAGGUCGCAGGUUCGAUUCCCAGGAGUGGACCAACACUCAGGGUCUUAAAAUAACUGAGAAAUGAAUGUACUGCCUUUUGCCCUGCAAACAGCUAGACCUUCACAUGGCUUGAAUGACCACGUAAAAAGGCAGUCUCAUCUCCAGUAGGAGACAGAAAAUGUUACUACUGUGGAUCCCUAAUAAGUACUUUCUUACCAAAUCCAUUGACACUUAAAUAAAGCGCAUGAAGUUCAUUUAAUAUGUGAAACCCUUAAUAUUCUCAUACUGUCUGCGAAGAGGUGUUCACUAAAAAAUAAUAUUUAUUGUUGUGCCGUCCUGCACUUGCACACCAUGAGAGGCUCUGUUUUAAAGUAAUGUUAACACCAUAGUAUACUCCAUACAUUUACAGCGUGAUAUCCCAUAAAUUUAAUUAACAAUGUGAACAAUAUUGUCAAGGUAAUGUUAUAAUGGUGUGUACAAAUUGUCUAAAAUGUUUUGGUUUCUGUGUAGGAGUUUUCAUUUGUUGUGCCAGAUGUAUCAAAAUUACCAAGUAUACCAGAAGAUGUAGGUACUAGUUACAAUCUAGUCGUCAGUUUAAACCGGUACAUGUAUUUAAUGUUCAUCAUUGGAUCAUGUAGUUUUAGAGUCACAAAAUUAAGGGUUGUAGCUUUGUAUUAACCUAUUUGCCCUUGGAAAUUUUGCAGAAAAAUGCUUUAGAGCUUGUCAAGCCAUUUCGGUUCACUAUGUGGCCAAUUAAUGAUCCAAAAGCUAUCAAAAUGCUUUUUUUUAAGUCAGGCCUUCUGUUCUUGAUAAUGAAUACCAGCAUGCAUGGCAUGCACAUGUACUCACUAUGAUUAUAAGGCUUCAUCCAUUGAGGAAAGUUUCUGCAAAAAUGUGAUAAUCGUAAAUUUAUGUGAAAGGAAGUAUUAUAUGGGAGGAGGCAUGUGGUGUGAGCUGGCUGAGCGGUUAACACCUCCAAUUCCGGAUCUGGAGGUCUGGGAUUCAAGCCUCGCCUGUCGCAUUGUUUCGUGAGACAUGGAACUUUACUCCACUUUGUCUGUGAAUUCAACCAGGUGUAUAAAUCAUAGGUCCCGGUGAUAUACUGCUGGGGGGUAACCGUGCAUUGGAGUAGCAUCCCAUCCAGGUGGGAGUAGCAAUACUCCUAGGCAGAUGCUUUAUGCUAAGGACACUGGGAUAAGCGCCGGCCAUUUAGGCCUUUGGCUCGUGUGCGCCUUUCCACCUUUACCUAUGGUCAAUUCUUGGGGUUUUUGCAAUCAGUUGUAAUGGUCAGAGACAUUUGUUAUUACAACAUCACAAGUGGUACAUGGGGCAAGGAUCUGCACAUGGGUUAUGAGUGUUUUAGCUGUGAUUGGGUUAAUAGAUUUGUGUAUACAUUGUACAGCAGUGUUCAUAACCCUAAAAAAUAAUGUCAGGCAGGUGUAAUAUGUAAUAUUAUAAAACAUAUAUAUAUUUAAUGAUAAUAAGGGCUACCCAAUUAUUUGCAUUUAUUGGUGUAAAGGGUCAAGUUUCCACUGUUUAUUAAAGUCAAGUAUUAAUGAUACCACUAGUUUUAUCCGUCUUGACAAAAGAAAAUUCUUUUCGAUUUAUCAGAGAAAUCUCACUGAUUACUAUGCUGCGGUGGACCCAUCAAAUAUGAUCUUAAUUUUUGCCAGGUAAUGGAUGAUUGAAUAGAUAUAUAUAUAUGUUGCAGUUAAUUUUUUAUCUCAGGUAAUUGUUAUUAUUUUUUUUGUUCCGGCAACUUAGCCUACAUUACCGUACCCAAAAACAAAAGAAAAACAAAAAUUACCUGAGAUUAACUACAACAUAUAUUUACAUUAUGUGUAAUGUUGCUAUGCAAGGAAUACUUUACGCCAGUUCACUUUAUUAAUGGAGCAAUAGUCUAGCAGAGUCCUUAAAUAAUUGUUAUUAGCUAUUAUGUAGCUGUCAUUAUUUUUUUCUGUAACUUUAAACUUGCUGUAUAAUGUAUAAGCACUGUAGCUGUAUAGCCAGUGACACAGAGUUAAAUUAAAACAUUACAAUGGUUAUGAUAAGCAAGUUGCAACUUGUAUUGUUGAAAAUAGUGAGAGUCAAUAUCUUUUCAAUUUCAUUAAUGUUUAGCAUGUUGAAUGAACUAGCUUAACCUUGAACUGUGUGGGGUCACUGGUUUUUGGUGCACAUGUAGGUACAUAUUAUUGAAGUGUGUAAGAAUAUUGCCCGGUAUUCACUUUAAAAGAGAACUUUAUUGAUAAUCACCUUGAAUGUUUUUUAUUGUUUUUUUUUUCUCGUUUAAGUAUGUUUUUUGAGAGGAGAAUAAUAGUUACAUCCAAGAAGCUAAAUUUGGUAAGUUUAAAAGACAUCAGUAGUCUCUGCAUUUUUGUUUUCUAAACAUUUUGUAAUAGAAAGCAUAUUCUCUUGCAUUGUAAGGAUGACAAAUCCAAACUUUAAAGAUGAUUUUACUUUGGAAAGAUUAAAGUGAAGAAAACAUUGUUUGAAUUACACAGCACUUCUAUAUGAGGCUUAGUAUUGCAAGCAUUGAACCCUCAUACUGACACCUUUUGUUUAAUAUUGAUGGAUAGCCCUAGAGUUAGACACCUACACCUUGUUCUGGUCACAAUGGCAAUAGUUUUGUCUUUAGAGAUAAGUAACAGCAAUUCAGUAGUCCUGUCCCACUCCCGGCCAUCUUAAAAUUAAUGAUCCUAUACAGUUGUUGUUGUAAUUGUAAUUGUUGUUUUUUUGUCUCAUCUCAUUAUAUUGUUUAUUUUAUUUUUAUUUUUUAUUUUGGAGAGAGUAUGGCCACUCCUAUUGCAUGGGAUAGCCACUGUCCAGCAUGCUCACUGAAAGUCUUUGAUGAUUUUUCUUUCAGUUGACAGCAUGUACUUACGGAGCAGCUUCUCUCCUGUACCCAAUGCAUUGGUAAGUUUAUAAUCUCCCACCACUGUUUUUUUCUUUUUCUUUUCUUUUCUUUCUUUUUUUUUUCCUGGGCAGGAAUUUGCGGUUUAUGAUCACAUUCUGUAAAGUUAUGUAGAUAAAUAAUGACUCAGCAAUUUAUUUCAAUGUUUGUCAUUUUGAUAACCAAUGGCACAAAUUGCAGGCCCUGGUUGUUAAAACUUUGGAUAGUGCUAUCCAUUGGAUAAAUGACUAUCCAGCUGAUAAGUAUUGGGGACAGAGAUUCAUCCAGUGGACAGCAUUAUCCUCCUUUUGAACAACUGGGACCAGUAAUUCCACUGAGCUCUCCGUAUGUAUAAGGUAAAGUCCUUGCGUCCCGUACAUGUAUUUGUCCCUGAGAGUAAUGUUAUGUUUCUUUUUUUCUUAGGCAGCACAUGUUUGUUCCUAUUGUGCCACCGCAUCUGUUAGACUACUGUUGGUAGGUUAAUCAACUUCUGUGUUACAGCCUGGCUUAUGCAUGCUAGAGUCGAGAAUGUUAUUGCUGGAUUUUUUGCCAUUUGAAACAAUAUGUUAUUAAAUCUUUUGUUGGUGUAUAAAAAAGGAUGUGCAACUUUUUGUCAUAUCAAUAUAGAAUACUCAAAUGAACAUAAAGUUCAACGAAACGAAAUAAACCACCACCCACCACCAAAUAUUGGCAUCUAUACCCUCUUGGCCUCGGAAGUCAAUUUACACAUGACUGCUGAAAUGUUGUAGCAAUGCUUGUUUUAAUGCACUGGCCGUCUCAUGAAGAAAUAUUUAAAAAAUUUAAGCAAAUAUAUAGGAGAUAAUAUGCAAGCAGAGCUCUUGUUCUUCUAGAUAACCCUUGUUACUUGCGAGUUAUCUUUGUGCAAGGCGGAACAGGUAUUAACAAGUCUAUUAUCACCUUGCAUCUUUUCUUUCAGUGCACCAAUGCCUUUCCUAGUAGGAGUGCAUUCAUCAUUAAUGCCGGUGGGUACACUACACGUUUCUUGUCGUGAACUGAACUGGAAUGCAGUUUUUUUUUCACUUUCACAUUUUUCAAAUUCAUCAAUUCAUCAUCAUCAUCAUCAUCAUCAUCAUUGGUCGACUGAAGAGCAAUCAACUGUAAGUCUUCUCAUCCAGUUGGCUCAGCUCGGUCUUAAUGCGCACAAUGUCCUCCUCUGAGACUGAAUGCUUAUUGGAGUCGAUCCAUUCCUGGUAGACCUUGAAAUCAUCUUUCCAUUCUUCCUUUUUCAGAAAGUGCGUCAAAUGCCUUUGGAUGAAGUUGUAAUUGUUGAUGCUGAUACAAAUGUGGUGGAGAGUCCAUUUGAUGAUAUCUCUCAGUUGCCAGCUGAUGCUGUAAGUCACUUUUUAAUUCACCAAGUGUGUUCCUGUUUUUGCUAAUUUUGAAUUUUGCGACGAAAAAUUUUUUCCGCCUUAUUUUCGCUCAAGGUUUACAUGUAGCUCUAAAUUUGCUUAGUGCAGCGUUUAGUGACAUUUUUUCAAUUCGUACAAAUUGCGAUCUGUUGUUGCGCUGAUCCUUGCCUAAGUGACCCGCUUUUUUGACUAUCACAUGGUCAGCAUACUAGACCUUUAUUCUAUAGCAGUGACUUUUUGCCAGUGACUUUUUGCUGUAACACGUCGCCUUGUAUGCGCCAUGUUUUAAUGGUAAUCAGUACACCUGUACCUCGCUUGCCAUUUAAGGUUGAUGUCAUUUUCUUUAAAUGGCUGUGCCAAUAUUUUUAACUGACCUACAUUGUAUUAUAACCGUUUGAUCAUUAUUGCGCGUCAAUUGAUCACACGUACCCACUGCACUGUAGAUGUUUUUCGAAGCUUGAAACAGUAGAAAAUCCCAGAGCACAAAUUAUUAUUCAAAACUAUGACCGAUCUCUUCAAUAUUUACUAAAUUGUUGGCUCAGUGGACUUGAAAUUCAGUGAUUGUUAAGUACGCUGAUUCAAUUGCAGGAAAUAAGUCUACGAAUAUUGAUUUAAUCUCUGUUUGUGAAGCAGCUUUACUAAUAAUAUUAUGACUCACCAUUGUGUCUUACCCUGAUGCAUAUCUGUUUUUCGAAAUCGUACAAGACUACCGGUACCUACUUCCAGCGGUUUGGAGAAAGUACACGGAGCGUUUCUUUAAAUAAUGAGUCAUAAAAACUUCCUAGAAACAUUCAAGAAGUGGAAAAUUUCGGUGAAUAAACUUCCUUUUUCAGUUCCGCAUAAAUUGUGCCCUUAAUGUAGUAAUUACAAAAUAUCUCAAAAUUCUCCUUAUCGAUUUUUUGUGAAAUUUCGCUUAGUAGGAAAUUAACUUCGCUGAGUAUAUGUAGCGCACAGAUUCCCGGAGAAAAUGAGAACAAGGGCCAAAAUUCGAUUCAGAUCUAUCAAGUGUGACGUUAAAAAAAAAAAAAGGUUAAAGGCUUGUUUAUGGUGGAAAGAGCAUUUAGCUUGUCCAGCUAAUUUACAGGCACUCCACUCAAAUAUUAGAAACAAAUAAUUCAAAUACAACAUAACAGGAUGAAAACUCCCAACUGGCAGAAGGCAACCAGUUGGCUAUUUACAAGCGUGGCCGAGAAUUUGAACUCGGAACGACCUAGCACAAAUCCAGCAAGUGGCCAGAGCGGGACUCGAACCCGGGACCGCCGGAUUGCGAGUCCGAGGCGCUGACCACUCGGCCACGCUGCCCUCCCUUAGAGUCCCAUGGUUAGAAGUCAUGAUUUGUGAAUUUUUUUUUGUUUUUUUUCAUUUUAGGUUUCUACCCUUAAGAGCACUCUCAAGAAACCUGUUUAUCCAAUUGAUGAUAAUAUUUCCAGGGCUUUUUUAUGUGCCAUGGUCUCCCUAAUAGGUGGAUAUAGAGAUGCUUUGCGGCUUAAGCCUGUAAGUUGAUGAUUGAUAUACUCAUGUUCAUUACUGUUUUCGUUGAGUACCAUAAGGGAUGGACCAUUAGAAAACUUAUGGGGGAAGUACCAAAAAAAUAUUCGCGCAAGGCAAAAUUAAAUGAAAAAAAAUGCAUGCACGCCAAUUAACCCUAAAAAAUAUUCAUGCUACGGCCUAAAAAAUAUUCAUACAAGGAAUUUGAUAACGAAAAAAAAUUCCUGCGGCUCAAAAAUUCCCCACCCUCCCCAUAGCUUUUCUAAUGGUCCGUCCCUAAGAGUCGAGAUGUCUUUUAGAUAUUUAGAAGUUUCCGGUAAAUUUAGCAAAUGUGGAAAUAUUUAGACGGUAGGAGGCUAUUGAGUUAUUAUUUGACAUUUUUUAACGCUUUUUAAAAUAGUUUUUAAAUACCCUGUUCCCAGUGCUUUUCUUGAAUUUUUUCUCCGCGUGAGAGCGAGCGAGCCGCGAAACCGAGAAACGAAGCGGCAAAAAACGCGUAGGAUAAGGCGGAGGAUAAUUUCAAGAGAAACCUCUAGGACCAGGGUAUGAUUUUUAAGAAAAGUGUUUUUCUGAGAGUUUUCGGAAAGGCAUUUGGGUGAUUUUACCUGAUACUAUGAGGAAGUGAGGAUGGAUCAGAGUAGCGAGGAUAGUUCAUCUGUUGUUUUACCUUUUUUACCUGUUUUACCUGUUUUAACUGUUGAAACAGUUUCCAUUUGUUUCUUAUUUCCUUUUUGUGUGUUUUACUUUUCCUAACUUUGUUACUUGUAGUUCACUUUUUUGUUGUAGAUGAACUUUUUAAAAUACUUGACUUUUCUUUUUAAAUGAUCAUUUCAGGGUGAGAAGAUUUUCUUCGACAGAGAUGUGUAAGUGAUCUGUUAUAUCGUAUAAUGGGUUAUAGUAUAUCUCCUAAACAGUUAUCUGGCCACGUUUGCUUAUUUUAUUGGACGAUCUAGGCUAUGUGCAAACAUUUGAAUAUUAAAUGAAAAAAGUUGAUAAUGGUGCAUUAAGGGCUGUCACUUUGUACUUUUUAAAGCGACCCCAGGUUGCAUGUUAUUCAUUUAUUCUACCUAAAUGUAACAGUUAGGUUAUAACAGGGAUACUCUUAAUGUGUGUGGCUUAUGACGGUUUCACUGUUGCGUCACAGAUUUGUGCAGUCAAGGUCAAAUAGUAUGAGACAAUUGUUGGAGUUCAUUCUUCAGUUACAGCUCUUUGAACAGGUACAUUUUGUUUUGUUUCAUUUUUUGUUAAUGAAUCGUUGUCAUAGGUCUUUAGCACCAUUCAGUCUUUGAUGACUUUAUACUGAAAAUAUUGUUUGUGAUAAUGACAAUACUGUUAAUGUUCAGUUUGUGUGUUAAAACUAUAACGUUUGUCACCUUCAAUGUUUUUUAGUUUAUUACAGAGAGGUUGGAUAUGUUAAAUGCUGGAAGAGGUUUCAACGAUGCCUUCGAAGAACAGAUCGGUUUACAGGCGGAAAGUAAGUGAACAAUCGAAGCAAAAGUUUAAACUCGUGCACGCUUAUUUUGUAGAGCGCUUGCUUUUGAAAGAAAGUGCGAAAUUCAUAUUCGCGAAAAAACAGUAUUUAUCGGAUGAUGAUUGAUCAAUCGGUUGAUUUGAUUAAUUGAUUAGUCGAUUGAUCUUUUCCUUACACUUACUUCAUCUUGCAGAUAGAGGCAGUUGGAAGACUCAAUAUCAACUUUGGAUGAAAGAAACAAUGGUAUAAAGUUUACUGUCUCAAAAAUAACCUCCUAGUUACCUUAACUCUUUCUGCCAGUGUUUUUUCCGUUAAUUGUUCCGUAGAACUCGAUUAGUUUUGGGUUCAUACAAUCUUGUCGUAAAGCCUUUGUGCCUCUCCAAUCGUUUCUACUUCGUAAUUUGGUGAUUGCACCAUCCAUAACACCAAGCUAUAAUAAUUGAUUAAAUAACUUAAAAGUCGUAAGAGUUGUUGUUGGUAGUGUUGUUUUAGGCGUGACAUGAUUUAGCUUGCGUUUAUCAGUGCCUUCAAGACUUAAAAGAUAUAACCAUUCGGUUUUAAUUCUUUACAAAUUAUUUCAUUACCUCCGGUUGUUGUUUGAUUUACAGAAAUCUGGUGGAGCGUUCCUUGACAAGGUAUGUUUCAACCAAUGUCUGCUUUUCAGCUCUCUUUUGUUUAAGUUUUAAUUUAAAUCCCUUAUCAAACUUGGGACUAGUGGAAGCUUAUCACAUUGGAGAAAAUAAGGUUGGUUGAAGUCAAGAGCAAGAGAGUCCAAGACGUCUCUCUAAGACGGGCCUUGCGAUAUGUUCUCCUGAUAGAAAGUCAAAGCCGGAAUAGCACUAAGCGCGCUAUGACAGGGGCGCGGAUAAAGUCUAGAUUUCCGUUAACAGAGAGUUGUCUUUUAUACAAAACUCUCACCAAUCCCAGUGUCGCGCCCAGUUGUAGCUUACAAGAAAGUUGAUGUAGUAGCGCUUGUUUGUUAUAAGCUUCUGGCUUGUAUUUUCUGCGGUAACCUGUUCUGAUGGUGUUUUCUAGAUGCACUAACAUAUAUAAAGUCUAACCUCCCGUAAGCGACCCAAAAUGCAAAGACUUAGUGGGUAAGAUAAGAUAAGAUAUAAGAUAAGUUGCAUGUAUUGCAUACAGUUUCUAAGUGACGCCAUGCGUAGUUCCAUGUUGUCACUAGAGUUAUUCGUAUAUUCAAAGUAGCACAGAGCACACAGCGAACAUAGAGAUUAUAGAAUUCGUCAAGUUAAAAACAAUAGAAAAGCUUUAAGCUUUCAGGCACAGAAAGUGGUCGCGGUCGCUUACUUUAAGAGGUGGUCGUUUACUAGAGGUUGCAACUGUAAGGCUUUGAUUGAGAAAGUUUUGGUGUUUUUGAUUGGCGGUCGCUUAUGAGGGAAGUGGUCGCUUACGAGUGUUUCUCGUUCAUGGAGGGUCGACUGUAGCAAGAAACAGAAAACAAAACAAAACUGAAUUAAGCGUGAUAUAAAACCUCAAUAUAUGAUAACUCAAACAACAGCAGCGUAGAUCAGUUAAAGGGGACGACUCUUGUUAAUCUUCGAAAUGUAAGAUUGUGGCAUUGCUCCACCGUCUUUGCUGCAAAAUUAAGAGGAAUAGCAGCACAGAGAUUCGUUUCCAGAAUAUCAUUACUAAUGAUCAAUGCUGUUGUUAGACGGAGGAAAAAAUGAAGAAGCGUUACAAGGAGGCCAAGCACAACUGGAAACACGUGAAAAGUGGAAUAAAAUCUCAGCUAGCUGACGUCAAAGGUGGAUUAGUAGACAAACUUAAAGGAAAGGUAACCAUCCCGAAAUGAUCGAAGAUUUUAUUUAUUUCUCCUUUUAUGACAAUAUAUUCAAUUGAAGUUGUUGUUAGAAAGAAAAUAUAUAAAUGCUGAAACGUUCAAAAUUGUAUUAUAGAGAAUUAUUCUUCAACAACAAAGGCAAUUUCUUGAAAGUUCGCGGAGAUUUCAGAACCCAUCCGGCCCCUUCCCCUUCCUAAGCUCUGCAUAACUUGAAAGAAACUGUUAGUGUUAUAGAGUAUUAUUGUCCAUAAUAUAAUGUCCCAACAGCCAAAUCUUCAUUCUGUCGUUCAAAAUUGUGUUUACAAGGUCAAAUAUAUAUAACUAAGGUAUACAGUUACAAGAGCCAUAAUAGGACAGUUAUUAUUGCUUACCGGAAAUACGCGAGUUUAUUCUUCUCUGAAGUAAUCAUGUUAGUAAUAUUUACUAUUAUGCGGAAAUGUUUUUUAACAAUUGUAUGUCUGUGUUUCUGCGUGUGUUUAUUUAUUUGUUUUUUUAGGAAGAUGACGAUUCUGGCGGGGAGCAAAAAAGAGCCCAUACAAACCCGGAGGCAGUCAAACCUUUCUCAGUUCGCAAACUUUCUCCGUUUAGCAAACGAAGAACUAUUUCGCCUGGCGAGGUACUAGUGAUUUCCUGCAUGAGAUUGAUUAACUUUCGUGCAACAAAAGAAGCAUUAUUUUCACUACUUGAAAUGUGAGAACGAAAUUCCGAUAAUUUUCACACUGUUUUGGAAAUUUCAGCUAUCUGAACUGAGGUGUUAAGACAAUCUGAGAAGACGUAAUUCACCCAUAGCAGCGCAUUUUGAAACGCCUUAAUUUUCUACCUUCGUCGUCGUCAUCAUCUUGUCUCAUCGCGCCAGUAGGCGCAUAAGGCCUCAAUUUUCUACCUUAGUUUGAAAUAUUGCAAAAUUUUAGAGGUCCCUUUCAUGGUUUACUUUAUACAAGUCCACGCUAAAGUGAUACUCUGAAUGUCCUGUGAAGUGAGCCAGGAAGAAAAUCUGGGCGAGAAGUUGAAAAGUUACCGCGGCUUUUGAAAUUGUGGAGUCUGAAUUGUUUAAAGGGUUUUAAGAUUUAAACUUAACGUUAUACCACGAAUGCUAUUCAACUUCCUUUUGUCACAACAUGAGACGGAGGCUCGAUUUCCACAGCUCUGUCCGGUGUCUGUCUGUUCCUCCCAAGAGAGAGAGAAAAAAACAGAGUAGUGCGGGCUCGUUUUCCAGAAAAGCGGCUGGUAAUCGAACUUAUAUAUAUCUUCAUACAUGCAAGGUGUCCCCUUGGCACCAGGCUGAUAUCAAACGGUUUGGAAAACUCAAGUUUUAUAGGAAAUACACCGAAUAAGACGUACACUUUCAGUAUCUAGUGUUAUGGGAAAAAAACUCAACCAUUAAUUCACUUUCUUUUAGUUUGAAAGAGUCAAAAUCGAACCAGGCUCAAAAGUUCCUCCGCCCAGGCCCCCUCCUCCCCGGUUAUUCCCAUACGCAUCAGACAGACGCCCGCGAACAUCAGCCUUAUCGAAAGUGGAAGGCAGGUCCUCUCCAAAGAUGAUUACAAGACGUAGUGUUCCCAGUCUCGUGGCAAAUGUGGCAGUUGGCGAACUUAUCUCGUUAGACGACUCUACAGACUCUUCAGAUGUUAAUGCAGACAGUGUUCUGUGUGCAACAGACCCUAAGGUACAUCACCAACCACCCAUUACUCAUAAACUGUCGUUAAACCUUUCCAUAUUAUUCACCUUAAUAAUACAGACACCUCUCACUCUAUGAUGGACAGACAGUUCUUGUCGUCCCAAAGACACCAAAAGCCUGAAACCAAUACAGACAGACAGACACUCAUGUAAUACGGACACUUUUCUUUCUCCCUUUUGUAUCCGUAUUAAAGGUUUGACUGUAUCUGGGCCUCAAAAACGGACUAAAGUGCGAGAGGACGGGGACUUCUUCACACACAGAUUAGCGUUUCGUUGAUAAAAUUGGAUAGAAAACACUCGUCGUAUUCCAAAAAUGUUUGUUGUGCCACUCAUUGAAAUCACAAGGGCGUUAUUCAGAGACAGGCAAUAGGUAACUUUUUAAAUAAAUCCUACAAUGAUAAGUUAUCGUAACCCGUUAAAUGAGAAGCAUCCUAUUUAUUUUAUUAUUAUUAUUAUUAUUAUUAUUAUUAUUAUUAUUAUUUAUUUACACCUCAAAGUUGAUCACCUUUUCACUUUAAUCCUGCGUAUUUAUUAACCUUUGUUGCUUUGUUUAACAGUCAAAUGAACCUGAUGUAGAUCUCAAACAAGUUGAUCGAACUGCAGCAAGCGAUGAUUCAAGCGAAGUGUUCACCCCUUCUGGAACUAUAAACAACCAGGAACCUGACUUUACUUUACGGCGAUCAGGUUCCGACAGGCGAACAUCAGAAGGAAGCGAGGUAUCUUUAGAAAGGAGCAAAUCUUCGCCAUCCAGACCUAAACCGCCUGUUCCUAAGAGACCAGCUUCUGUUAAAAAGAAAUCUCUUGGUUCGGUGGACGCGUUAUUAGAAACAGGUUCACCAAAGGAUGACACCAUAUCCCCGCUAAGGCCAGUUUCGUUGUCUUUAUUACGGGACACAGUGGUCUCACUUCCACCUGACGCUCAAGAAUUUUUGUUUACUGAUUCCGAGAUAAACUCGUUUAAUCUCAGUGCGGGUGAUGCUAAAACGAAUUUGAAUUCUGCAAUAGUUACAAAGGAGUCUGAACUUCUGGAAAGAUCCGUUACUUCUCAAAAUCAUCUUGGCGCAGUGGAUUUAUCCAGACUUGAAAUAAGAAGAGAUAGCGGUCCAUACGACAAUUUCCCGAGGAUAAUUCCGGCUCAGCAGUCUUCAGAUAACCUAGAGAUAAUUCGGGAGGAAAAAGCAACCGAUAAACAAAGCCAAUUGUGUAACGCACAGCAAAGCUGGGUUAGCUUUGAUUAGUGAUUAUUCUUUUAGUAUUAUUAUGGAGCUUAAGCAACGACGACAGCGACGGCAACGAAAAGGACAAAAAAAACGCAAUAGGUUUUAUUGGCAAAACAUCAAAAUUUGCACGUGCAUCACGCUUUUUGUGUACAUUUCUUAGCCGUCGUUGCACGACCACAACGGGAGGGUUUGUUCGAUUGACCUCAUUCCGUGAUGGGAAUACCUGGAGGAAAAAUCCGGAAUAAGUGGAAUAUAUUUCAAAUGUUCUGCUUCGGGGAGCAAAAUGCUUGGAAUAAAACGAAAUAAUCACGCCAUUUUUCUCGCGUCGCUGUCGGCUUCACAACAACAAAGAAUGUAUUCCCAAAAUAAGAUUAAUCGAAAGCAUCAGUUUUUCGUAACAAGCUAACCUAAAAAUAUUCAUUAAUUAUCUUCAAUCCCUCUGUUGAUAAGUAAAUUAUAAACAGUUUUGUUUCCUCCGUCAUUCAAUGAAUGGUGAUCCAGAUUCCGGAAUCCGAGAAGUUUUUGCUUGUGGAAUCCAGAACUCAAGGAAUCCGUAAUGCCGCUCAAGAUUGGAAUUCUGACUCGAAGUUACUCUUUCAAGGAAAUCCGGAAUCCAUAGCUUGAAUCCAUAAUCCAAGACUGUCUCGGAUUACCUUAUUAUAUGGGGCAAAAUGAACAAGCCUGUGGUCCAAGAAUACGUUUCCAUCGUGAACACUGUUAAAACUAAGACAAAAACAGAAUAAUAAAUAAUUGUACAGGCGUCAACGCUCAUAAGCUAUUAAACCACGACGAGUUUAUUAAUUUUAUAACUACCGAGCGUUGGUUUUGAAUGAAUAGUAAACUUGGUCAAAUCCUGUUGACUGUACGAG